UCCACUCCUCCUCCACCCUCCGUGUGACCGCACUUUGAGCGUGCGGUGAGAGACAUUGAUCGAAGGCAUUGCUACUGUACUGGAGUCCGACCGAGUCGAAUAACACCUCCCGCCGAAGACUCAACUCCGCCUUGCGAUCGUUACCGAACCGCCGGAACCCACCUCGACGUCGCCAUGUCGCUCAAGCAAGAAAUCGAGACAUGGGUCGCCGCCCUGGCCGCAUACGACCACAACGAGUUUGACAACGCCAUCAAGUGCUUUGAGCACAUCGCCGAUACCUCCAAGAUCCUCUUCAACUGUGGUGUGAUCCAUGCGACACUGGGCGAGCACGCUCGGGCUGUGGAAUGUUAUCAGCGAGCCGUGCAACUCGAUCAAUACCUUGCCAUUGCGUACUUUCAACAAGGCGUCAGCAACUUCUUGAUGGGAGACUUUGAAGAGGCGCUGGCGAAUUUCAAUGAUACACUGUUGUACUUGCGAGGGAAUAACAAUAUCGACUAUGAACAGCUGGGAUUGAAGUUCAAGCUGUUUUCCUGCGAAGUGCUGUUCAACCGCGGAUUGUGUUACAUCUACCUACAACAAAAGGAUGCCGGAAUGCAAGAUCUGAUCUUUGCGACCAGGGAGAAAGUAGUACCGGAUCACGAUGUCAUCGACGAGGCCAUUCGGGAGCACGCGGAGGGAUAUACUGUGUUUUCAAUACCCGUCGGAGUGGUCUACCGCCCGAAUGAAGCGAAGGUCAAAAAUCUCAAGACGAAAGAUUACCUGGGCAAGUCAAGACUAGUAGCAGCGCAAAACCAACAACCAUCACAUGUCGACCCUCGCCGCCAGGCCGCUUUAGCAGCCAGAGCUAUCGACGACCGACCCGGAGAGAAAUUGUCUUAUGCAGCGUUGAACUUGGUAAGACCGGAUCUGAGAAGUCGAUCAUCCCGACAACAAUCCGAGCCGCCGCUCCAACGCAAUGUCUUUCCACCCACACCGCCGCCAGAAUUGGAACGACCCGACUCCGCCCACGGCAAGCGCAAGUCUACGGAAAGCACAAACUCUGAAAGGUCAACGCUACAGCAAGCUCGGCCUGGUGCAAAGCCGCUUCGGCUUGAGCUAGGCGCUGCCGCAUUCGAGCAGAGAUCCCCACCCACAGAGCAGCGACCUCGUAUCGCGCCAAAGCGAUCAGAAUCAGAGCGACCCGCAAUGAGAAGGGAGAACCCCGGCGGAUACAGUCGCACCUCAGAUCAAAAUCGUGCAGAAAAACGACGAAGCUACCGCGAACCCAUACCGGAAGUCCGGAUCGUGGAGGAUCCGAUCGAGGCAUACAGUGAACAAGCAUAUCAACCGCACGUGCCCACUCAUCAAACAUCACGAUCGAGCGCACAUCGGAGCCAACCCUUCUCGAUCGAGGAAGUGGAAGAGGAAGCUGAGGACGUCGUCUCGCCAUCGGACUUCUCUCCACUAGCAUUCGAAAUCGUCGCGCCUCGACCCUUGAACACCACACAUACCCGCCGACCUUCAAACUCCCGCCGAGCGCCGGAGAUCCGCAAAGUGCGAAUCAAAGUGCAUGCCGAAGACAUGCGGUAUGUGAUGACUUCUCCCAACGUCACAUACCAGGAACUCGUCGGUCAGAUCCAGGUCAAAUUCGCAUUCAAGGGCGAAUUCAAGCUGAAGAUCAAAGACGAGGAUGGCGAUAUGGUGACCAUGGCCGACCAGGACGAUCUGGACAUGGCGAUGGGGACGUGCAAAGCCGCCGCGGCGAAGGAGAUGGCGGAGAUGGGCAAGAUGGAGGUCUGGGUGCAGGAGGUGUGA